UGCUAUCAGCUAUGACGAAAACUCUACUUGCAUUGUUAAUCAUCUUCUCUCUGUUUCAUGUCCCUGCUUUUGCUGUGAAAAAGAAGUCGUACAUUGUUUACUUGGGAUCUCACUCACAUGGCCCUGAAGUCUCCUCCUUAGCCCUUAAACGUGUAGCUGAAUCUCAUCAUGAGUUGCUGGGAUCCUUUUUGGGAAGUCAUGAGAAGGCUAGAAACGCAAUCUUCUACUCAUACGAUAGACAUAUCAACGGCUUUGCAGCAGUUCUUGAAGAAGAAGAAGCCGAAGCUAUUUCAAAGCAUCCGAAUGUGAUCAGUGUGUUUCUAGACAAGGGGAAGAAGUUGCAUACAACACAUUCUUGGGAGUUCAUGCAAUUGGAGAAGGAUGGUGUGAUCCCGUCAAGUUCCUUGUGGUCAAAGGCAAGACUUGGUGAAGACACAAUCAUCGGAAACAUUGACACUGGUGUCUGGUCUGAAUCCCAAAGCUUUAGCCCACAUGGUCUUGGACCUGUUCCUUGUCGAUGGAAAGGAAGUUGCAACACCGCUGGCAAUGUUAGUUGCAACAGGAAGCUUAUAGGAACAAGGUACUUCAACAAAGGAUACUUAGUUUCCGCGGGUCUCAACAGCAACUCUUCCUUUGAGUCUGCUCGUGACCAUGAUGGUCACGGCACUCACACGCUCUCAACAGCAGGAGGCCACUUUGUCCGGGGAGCUAGCGUCUUCGGUGUAGGCAACGGAACUGCGAAAGGAGGCUCUCCAUUGUCCAGAGUAGCUUCCUACAAGGCCUGCUGGCCUCCUGUUAACGGCUCUGAGUGCUUUGACGCUGAUAUCUUGGCUGCCUUUGAUAUGGCCAUCCAUGAUGGUGUUGAUGUCCUCUCUGUCUCUCUCGGUGGUGAUCCUGCUGAUUACUUCGCAGAUGGCAUUGCCAUCGGCUCCUUCCACGCUGUUAAACAUGGUAUCACUGUGGUCUGUUCCGCUGGAAACUCUGGCCCCGCUCCUGCAACUGUCUCAAACGUGGCCCCUUGGAUACUCACCGUAGCAGCCAGCACGCUAGACCGUGAGUUCCAGUCCUUUGUGCAGCUUGCGAGUGGCGAACGGUUCAAGGGAGAAAGCAUGUCAAAGGCCUUGCCUGCAGGGAAAAUGUUUAGUCUCACAACGGGAGCUCAAGCUAAACUUGCCAAUGCAUCUGCUAUAGAUGCGAUGCUUUGCAAAGAAGGCACGUUAGAUCCGCACAAGGCAAAGGGUAAGAUCAUGGUGUGUCUGAGAGGAAACUCAUCAAGAGUGGAAAAAGGUAGACAAGCAGCUCAAGCUGGUGCUGCUGGUAUGAUUCUAUGCAAUGAUAAGGCAUCAGGGAAUGAUAUCACAGCUGAUCCUCAUUUUCUUCCUGCUACACAUAUCAACUUUUUCGAUAGUCAAGCCUUGUUCUCUUACGUUAACUCCACUUAUUUAGAGCCCAUGGGAACUCUUACUGCACCUGCAGCAGCUUUUGGCAUCAAACCAGCUCCAUAUAUGGCAAAUUUCUCAUCUCAAGGACCUAACACUGUUACACCAGGAAUCCUUAAGCCUGACGUGACUGCUCCUGGGGUCGACAUCAUAGCCGCCUACACAAGGGAACAAAGUCUCAGCGGCUUGGAAUUUGAUCAUCGCACGACUGCAUUCUAUAUAGAAUCUGGCACUUCCAUGUCCUGCCCUCAUGUUGCUGGUGUUGCCGGUCUUCUCAGGACAAUGCACCCUUCAUGGAGUUCAGCUGCCAUCAGAUCUGCUAUCAUGACCACCGCGAGAACACGAGACAACAGAGUUAGCCCCAUGCUCAACGGGUCUUACGUGAAGGCAAACUCAUUCAACUACGGUUCAGGACAUAUCAGGCCAAACCGUGCAGGAGAUCCAGGAUUGGUCUAUGACUUGACAGUGAACGACUACUUGGACUUUCUUUGCGCAGUUGGGUACAACCAAACGAUGAUUAAGCUUUUCUCAGAGAGUCCUUCCUACAAAUGCCCCAAGGAAGCUAGUGUUGUAAACUUGAACUAUCCAUCCAUCACGGUGCCUAACCUCACAGGCUCUUCUGUGACUGUGACCCGGAAACUGAAGAAUGUAGGAUCCGUGGGCACUUAUGCGGCAAAUGUCAGGGAGCCACAUGGCGUGUCCGUGAAUGUUGAGCCGAGUGUGUUGAAGUUUGAUAGAGUUGGUCAAGUUAAAAGCUUUAAGAUGACACUGAAGCCUAAAUGGGUUGCAAAAGACUAUGCCUUUGGUGGUCUCACAUGGAGUGAUGGCAAACACUACGUAAGAAGUCCUAUUGUUGUCUCUACCGCCUAGUUGAUAGAGAGAGAGAGAGAGAGAGAGAGAGAGAUCCAUUAUGUUGACACAGCUUUUCUUUCUUGGUUUUACUCCUUUUUACCUAAUGAUCGAUGUUGG